AUGACUUCCUUCAUGAACAUUAUUUGUUCGUCGACCCUUUUUUUUUUUCUUGCUCACUCCCUUUCUUUCUCCCUUUCUCUCUCUUUCUUUUCUCUCGCUAUCUCUCAUUGUCUCUCUCUCUCUCUUUGUUUCUCACUCUCUCCUGUUCUCUCUUUCUCUCUCACUCUUUCUCUCACACUCUUUCUCUUUUCGUCUCACGCUUUUUCUCUCUCUCUUUCUCUCUCACUCUUUCUCUCACUCUUUCUCUUUUCGUCUCUCGCUUUCUCUCUCUCUUUCAUUCUCUCUAACUCUCUUUGUCUCUCUCACUAUUUCUCUUUUUCUCCCUCUUUUUCUCUCUUUCUUUCCACCUCUCUCUCUGUAUCUCUAUCCAGUCAAAGAGACAUUCAGAAAUGCGCGGCUUCAUCUUGCCAACUGCCACUCCCAUUUCAUUUUCGCAACAAAGCCUGUCCCUUUUCUUCGUUUUCAUGUCAACCAUCAUCGAAAAGGAUUGCUCGCAAAGAUACGUGCUUUCUUAGCAAUAAAAGGGUACGCUACGAUUUGGUGACACUAAAAAGUCGAGAACGUUGUAGUUCUGAAGAGGUCCUGUUCAUCCUGGCUCGGCUGAAGUUCAAUGAUUUCAUCAAGGUAUUCAGCAUUGACAUGUCUUUACCUCUGUCGAACCACUGA